CAAUUAACAAUCGAAUACAAACAACACUAUUUUCGCUCAAUCGCUCUCUCGCUGUCAUUUUGCUUCUUCAUUCAAAACAGUGACUUGACACUUGUUUGUAAAUCAAAUCAAUACCUACGCAAUUUUGUUAGCGAAGUGGAAGUUGUCGGGUAGUAAUUAUUCAUCUACAGUGACGGAACAAAACUGGACGAAGUGAAAUAAUUUCAAGAAUUGAAUAUCGCAACCGUCAGCAAUGACGAACACACUGUGUGUUUGUCUUGUAAUCGCAAUCUUUUGUUGUACAAAUCUGUCGUCAGCUCGACAAGUACCAAAAGAAUGUUCAAAGGGACCUAGUUAUUGGUGUCAAAAUCUCAAGAGCGGAGCUGAAUGUGGAGCCGUGGGACAUUGCAUCGGUACUGUUUGGGAAAAGCAUAAUUUCGAAAUCAGCAGGAAUGAUGUGUCCGACAAAUUCGUCAGAAUGUUCCGGCAGUUGAAGGACGUGAAGGAUCUUAUCAAUCAGGAGUACUUAGGAACCCGCGUCAGUUCAGAAUGCCACGACGUGCCUUACCAAGAAGUGGCAAAAAUAUGCAAAGAAAACACAGCGCAGCUACAGGAGUAUUUACAUCACGUCCUAGUGUCUGAGACGUCGCCUGAAACGAUGUGUCAGAUCAUCGGCAUGUGCAACAAUGGGAAACUUGACAAAUUUGUGACCCACAAGGAAAAGAAGUCUACUGAACCCAAAAAACAUGGAAAACACAAAGUUGAACUUGUGGGUGCAAAUCGAUGCACUUGGGGACCAUCAUACUGGUGCAGCAACUUCAGUACGGGACGGGAAUGCAGCGCCACUAAACACUGCGUGAAUGCCGUAUGGUCCAAACAGCGUUACCCAGAAGACAAUGACAGCGUAUGCAAAAUCUGCACGGAUAUGGUACAGAAAGCACGCGAGCAACUUCAAAGCAACGUAACGCAGGAAGAACUGAAAGAGGUAUUCGAAGGCUCUUGCAAGUUGAUGCCCAUCAAGAUAAUAGCCAAAGAAUGCAUGAAAGUGUCGGACGACUUUGUGCCCGAGCUGGUGGAGACACUGGCCUCGGAGAUGAACCCUCAGGCCGUUUGUUCCGUCGCCGGCCUCUGCAAUAACGCGAAGAUUGAUCGCCUGUUGGAAUCACACGAAAGAAAAAUUGAAGCAAAGAAAGCCGAUACACACAAAGCUCACCUCGUAGGCGCUUCCCAUUGCACUUGGGGUCCGUCAUACUGGUGCAGUAAUUUCAGCACGGGUCGAGAAUGUUCAGCUACGAAGCACUGCGUGGAAAGAGUUUGGUCAAAGAUGGACUUUCCCCAAGAUAAUGAUAAUAUUUGCAAGAUCUGUACUGAUAUGGUGACGCAGGCGCGAGACCAAUUGCAAAGCAACGAAACCCAGGAGGAGCUGAAGGAAGUAUUCGAAGGCUCCUGCAAGCUGAUACCUAUAAAAGUGGUGGCCAAAGAAUGUAUUAAAUUAGCCGAUGACUUUGUACCUGAGUUGGUGGAAACUCUGGCAUCGCAGAUGAAUCCUCAGGCCGUCUGUUCCGUAGCCGGCCUCUGCAAUAACGCUAGGAUCGAUCAACUACUAGAAGCUUAUAGCGAGCAGUUGUCGCGCGUAGUAAGCUGCAGUAGUUGCAGACAAACUGUGGGCGUGGCGAGGAAGAAGUUCGACGCUGCAUCCUAUGAAGAUUUCCUCCUUGGUCUGUUGCAAGUGUGCCGCAAUAUGGACUCUCUCUCCGAUUCGUGUUCCAUGCUAGUGUUCAAAUACUACGAGAACAUUCUGGCGGCUGUAAGGAAGGACUUAACGCCUCAAAGCGUUUGCCAUCUGAGCGGGCAGUGCACCUACAAGUAUCACACUCACGAUAACUUCGCCUUCCCCGAGUGGGCGCUACGGGAGCAAGCUAAGGACGAUGUGCCUUGCGAAUUCUGCGAGCAACUAAUAAAGCACCUGCGUGAUACCCUCAUAGCCAACACUACGGAGCUUGAGUUCUACAAAGUACUUAAAGGUCUCUGUAAGCAAACUGGCGAGUUCAAGGACGAAUGCCUUCAUUUAGCCGAGCAAUACUAUCCGAUAGUCUACAAAUUCCUUGUAUCCGACUUACAACCUGAAGUUAUUUGCAAUAUGAUGGGUUUGUGCGGCAAGAAACUUGACAAAGAUAGUCCCUUCGCUCCGUUAUUGCCUAAAGAAUUAGUCGUUAAAGCUGUAGCUCUGAAGGAUAAUGCUAAAGCUACAGAACUGAUCGGAACUGAUGAAGCGAACAGCUAUACUACUGAGAAACUCAAUCGCGUGGCAAUUGCGAACAAACAGUCGAACGUUCGCAUCAUGGGUGCGGAAUCCGAAUCCCUGCCUUCACCUUUACCUUUGAACCGAAUGUUCGUCCAAAUGCCAGAGAACAAGGCGGCCUGUUCCUUCUGUGAAUAUUUCCUCCACUACCUGCAAGUGGAACUCAGCGAUACCAAGACUGAGGACGCCAUAAAGGAGGCCGUAGACAAAGCCUGCGAUCGUUUACCAAACUCCAUCAACGGCGAGUGUCGCCAGUUCGUGUCCCAAUACGGGCCUGCAGUCAUAGCGCUACUCGUACAGGAAAUAGAUCCGGCUAGCAUCUGCCCUGCGCUAGGACUAUGCACCCAAGUGACGGAAGUCCGUCGCGUCGCCAUCAACUCGGGCAAGUCCAACUGCGCGAUGUGUUUGUUCGCCGUCGAACAAUUAGUCACCAUGCUCAAGAACAACCGCACUGAGGCCAGCAUCCGCGAUGCUCUUGGCAAACUCUGCAACCAUCUAUCCGACAAAAUGAAGACGGAAUGCACAGACUUUGUAGAUACCUACACCGACCAGUUGGUAGAAAUGUUGGUGGCAAAUCUCAACGCUCAAGAGGUUUGCGUUUACCUCAAACUGUGCGACGCUACGGGCCCAGACCCCCUGGGAGUUUCUAGUACUUCGGCCAUCGAUAAAUAUCACGAGAAACCGCAGCUGAGAGGCGAUAGGAACAACUUUAGAAAGAAGCCGAUGCUGCCCGCGCAUAUGUUGGAGAAAGACGGCGAUAUUGCAACGAACGAAAUACCCGACGACACUGUGAACGGUCGCCCCGUGAAGCAAGUCACACAGAAGACCGUCUGCGUGGUCUGCGAGUUCGUCAUGAAGGAAAUCGACGACCAGAUCAAGGAUAAACACAACGAGGACGAGAUUAAAAAAGUAGUUCACGGCAUAUGCAAGCACAUGCCUAAAGCGGUCCGUCCUGAUUGCGACCAAUUCGUCGAGAAAUACGCAGACCUGGUGAUCAGCCUUUUGGCUCAAGAAUUGGAGCCCGAAGAAGUGUGUGAAGAACUGAAACUGUGCAGCCCAAAUGGAAAACAAUCCUACGAAUUAGCUAGAGAGGAGAUCCUAGACUGCGCCGUCUGCGAGACGGUAGUGAUGGCGGUGAAAAAGGUCCUGAGUAACGACCGCGUCGAUCACAACAUCGUUCACGUCGUGGAGAAGUCGUGUGGAUUAUUGCCUGCUAAAUACUACGAUAGGUGUCACACGUUGAUGGAGAUCUACGGCGACAGCGUGAUUCAUCUGGUGGAGCAGAUCGGCACUAAGGGCGUGUGCCAGAAGAUAGGGCUUUGUGCUCCCGGUGCCGCCCUAGUACGCAUGCAAGGCCGCAUCAACCAUUGACGCAAUUGAGCCGGCAAUGCUGUUAUAUCAAGAUUGUAUCUGAUAUAAGUAAUCUCCUCUAAUAUUUUAACACAUAAGUUUUCAGUUUUCACCAAAACAAUUUAGUAUUAAGUUUGGUUUUAGGACAACAAAAGUAUUGUGACUAUUUCGAAUUUGUCUUGUUUUUCAUUUCAAUUGAUUCUUUUGGGACAUGUCGUAAAAUAUUGCAUGUUUAUAAUAAAGUAAAAAGUGUACUUACAUUUUAUAGUAAAUAGUCACAGUAAAGCAUUAUUCUUUGUCAUUUGUCACGUAUUUUGCUCAUUUUAGAUUUUUUGUAAUACUAAGGAAUGAUUAGCCACAGAUAUUUAUAGCUAUAACCGUUCAUAUAAUGGAGUAGUGUUAACAUUCGCUAGCCUGUGAUAAGUCAUUUGUAAACUGUUUCUAUAAAAUAAAGUUUUU